AUGGCCGACACUUCUGACAACUGCUGCCAAAAACGACCGGCAGGCAACCUCAGUCGGCUCAUUCCUUCUUUCUUUCUUUCCUUUUCUUUCUAUCUAUCUAUCUAUCUAUCUAUCUAUCUAUCAUCUUGUUUAUUUUUUCGUUCAUUUUUUAUAAUUCAGCAUUUUGUUUUUUUCUUCCUUUCUCGCUGUUUCCUCUCUAUUUUUGUACCCUUAUUUUUUUUUUCUAUAUUUUCUGUCUUCUCAAACUUCUUCUUUUCUUUCAUCCACCUUUUUGCGAUUAUUCUUUCUUUCAAUUUGCAUUUCGCUAUCUCUUUCUUUGGUUCUUUUGUAUUUUCUUUAUAUUUUCUUCUUUCCUUUCUUCUGUCUCUUUCUUUUUCUUUCUUUUUUAAAUCGUUCUUUCUUUUCAAUCAGAAUUUCUUUCUUUCUUCAUCAUUUUCCAUCUUAUUUAAUUUAUCGGCAAUUUCUUUCCUUCCUUCAUUCCUUCCUUCAUUCAUUCCUUUUUUUCCUUCCUUCCUUCCUUCCUUUCUUCUUUCAUUCCUACAUUCCUUUAUUCCUUCCUUCCUUUUUUCCUUCCUUCAUUCCUUCCUUCCUUUCUUCUUCCCUUCAUUUUUUCCUUCUUUCCUUCCUCCCUUCAUUUCCUCCUUCCUUUUUUCCUUCCUUCAUUCCUUCAUUCAUUCUUUCUUUCCUUCCUUCCUUCCUACCUUCCUUCCUUCCGUCCUUCCUUUUUUCUUUCAUUCCUCCCUUCCUUCAUUCCUCCCUUCCUUCAUUCCUUCUGUUUUCCUCCUUCCUUCCUUAUUUCCUUCAUUCCUUCCUUCAUUCCUUCCUUACUUCCUUCCUUCCUUCCUUCAUUCUUUCCUUUCUUUUUCCUUCCUUCCUUCAUUCCUUCCUUCCUUCCUUCAUUCAUUCAUUCAUUCCUUCCUUCAUUCCUUCCUUACUUCCUUCAUUCUUUCCUUCCUUUUGUCCUUCCUUCCUUCAUUCCUUCCUUCCUUCAUUCCUUCCUUCCUUCAUUCAUUCCUUCCUUCCUUCCUUCAUUCCUUCCUUCCUUCAUUCCUUCAUUCCUUCCUUCCUUCAUUCUUUCCUUCCUUUUUUCCUUCCUUCCUUCAUUCCUUCCUUCCUUACUUCCUUCCUUCAUUCAUUCUUUCCUUCCUUUUUUCCUUCCUUCCUUCAUUCCUUCCUUCCUUCAUUCAUUCAUUCCUUCCUGCCUUCAUUCCUUCCUUACUUCCUUCCUUCCUUCCUUCAUUCUUUCCUUCCUUUUUUCCUUCCUUCCUUCCUUCAUUCAUUCCUUCCUUCCUUCCUUCAUUCAUUCCUUCCUUCCUUCAUUCCUUCAUUCCUUCCUUCCUUCAUUCCUUCCUUCCUUCAUUCUUUCCUUCCUUUUUUCCUUCCUUCCUUCAUUCCUUCCUUCAUUCAUUCCUUCCUUCCUUCAUUCAUUCAUUCCUUCCUUCCUUCCUUCCUUCAUUCAUUCCUUCCUUCCUUCCUUCCUUCCUUCAUUCCUUCCUUCAUUCCUUCCUUCCUUCCUUCCUUCAUUCUUUCCUUCAUUUUUUCCUUCCUUCCUUCAUUCCUUCCUUCCUUCCUUCAUUCCUUCCUUACUUCCUUCCUUCCUUCCUUCAUUCUUUCCUUCCUUUUUUCCUUCCUUCCUUCAUUCCUUCCUUCCUUCAUUCAUUCCUUUCUUCAUUCCUUCCUUCCUUCAUUCAUUCCUUCCUUCCUUCAUUCUUUCCUUCCUUUUUUCCUUCCUUCCUUCAUUCCUUCCUUCAUUCAUUCCUUCCUUCAUUCCUUCCUUCAUUCCUUCCUUCCUUCAUUCAUUCCUUCCUUCAUUCCUUCCUUCCUUCCUUUUUUCCUUCCUUCCUUCAUUCAUUCCUUCAUUCCUUCCUUCAUUCUUUCCUUCCUUCAUUCCUUCAUUUCUUCUUUUUGUCUCCUUGCUUUUUUUCCUUCCUGCAUUCCUUCCUUCCUAUUUUUUUCCCUUUCUUGACUGUCGCUCUCUUUAUCUGCCAGAUUAUUUUCUUGCAAAGAAGAUUCAUUUUCGCUUUUCUCUCUUUUUCAUUCAUUAAUUUAUUCAUUCUUUCUUUCUUUUUGUCCUCUUUUUUCAUUCAUUAUUCAUUCUUUCUUUUUCCUUUCUCUCUUUUGUUUUCUUUCUUUUUCAUUCAUUCAUUCUUUCUUUCUUUCUUUAAAUCUAAAUUCAUCCGCAUUUUAUGUAUGGGAGCAGAUAUACGAUAA